GCCUAGUGAGAGGAGGGGAGCCACAGCCUGGGGGCCAUGGCUGAGUUGCAACAACUCCUCGAGUUUGAGAUCCCCACCGGCCGGGAGGCCCUCCGAAGCAACCACAGCAGCCUCCUCAGAGUUGCUGACUACUGUGAGAGCAACUAUGUUCAGGCCACAGAAAAGCGCAAAGCUCUGGAGGAAACCAUGGCCUUUACCACUCAGGCCCUGGCCAGCGUGGCCUACCAGAUAAGCAACCUGGCUGGACACCUGCUGAGGAUGCUGGAUCUCCAGGACGCUGGACUGAGGCAGGUGGAGGCCAGUGUGAGCACACUGGACCAGAUGGUAAACAUGCACAUGGAGAAGGUUGCCCGAAGGGAGAUUGGAACAUUGGCUGUGUUCCAGCGGCAGCCGACAAACCAAAAGAUCAUCCCGCCUGAGAACCUGCCAGUGAUGGAGCCCUACUACAGGAAGCCUCUCAACUUCGCCUGCCUGGAUGACGUUGGGCAUGGGAUCAAGGAUCUUAGCACUCAGCUGUCCAGAACUGGGACACUCUCCCGAAAGAGCAUCAAGGCUACAGUUGCCCCUACCUCAGGAACACUGGGUCGGGCCCCCAGAGUCCCCGAGCCUGUACAUCUGCCAGUCAUUCCUGAUGACAAAAUUUCUGCAGCUUCCUCUCUGGCCUCUUCCAGCACUGAAGGCAUCUGUGGGUUCCCCAUGGCCAAGGUCCCAGAGAUGCCCCAAGCCCCACCACUCCCUGGUUCCAUGUCCCCAACCCCUGAAGAACCGGAGAAAUCUGAGGAGCUGUCCACACUCCAGCCAGCACUAGAUCUGCCGCUGCCCCUAGAGCUGCCCCCACCCUUAGAGGUUGAUGAACUGAUGCUGCCACUUCCCCCACCUCCUGAAUUUGACCUGGAAGAACCAACCUGGGCUCCUGCUCAGUACUUGGAGAAAGUGGUGACGCUGUACCCCUACACCUGCCAGAAAGACAACGAGCUCUCCUUUGAUGUGGGCACUACCAUCUGUGUCACCCGACGCUACUCAGAUGGUUGGUGCGAGGGUGUCACCUCUGAGGGUUCUGGCUUCUUCCCUGGAAACUAUGUGGAGCCAAGCUGCUAAUUACCUUGCCCUUCAUGCCACCUGGAAAUUCCAGGACCACAAAGGACCAUUAGAAAAGUGAUGACUACCUAGCCUUGAUCUUUCCCUUGUGUCCAGGGCCUUACCUUCUCCCCAGUAUUCCCAGUAACUUCAGCCAUUCAGGUAAGCUUUUCCCUGUGUGUGGGGACAGUUGGGGUAAAUAAAGAUGAAGAGACACCCAGUAAUUAGAUAAAAGCAGAAAUUGUGAAUCAGCUCCAAAAGAUCCCAAAUAAGACUGAAUUAUUUUUUGGUGGGCUGGGGCUGAACUGUCUUUGGGAGUGGAGAGGUGUUUUUCCUUCAUGGGGAAAGAAGAUGGGGAAAGAAGAACAAAGGACUGGGCUGGCUAGCUGGCUGUUUUGUUGGUGGGUGAGAAUUUUGGUCUAAAAUUUGGUGAUCCUGUCAGAAAGCGUGGACAUCCUCAUUUGCCCUCCUCACUGGUGCCUACUUUAAAUAAAACUCUCAGUUAAA